GGGCCGUGGGGCGUGGCUGCGCGUAACAACACGGAGAACACACACACUACAAAGUCAGUUAAAGACACACACACAGAGCGCACAGGAGAUGAACUUUACUGAGCAUUGUGAUGGUGAGAAGUGGGUUCGGGAAGGUUCUCCCACCACCUCCGUGCUCAUGUUCUCCGCCGGAGUUCUCGGGAACGUGGCUGCGCUCGUGCUGCUGGAAGUCCGGCGAAGGAGGAGGAAGCAGACCGCGCGAGGUCACUCCUCUAACUGCAGUCUGUUUCAGAUACUGCUCACCGCGCUGCUUGUCACCGACCUGCUGGGCACGUGCUCGGUCAGCCCGCUGGUGAUUGCUGCCUACGCGCGGAACGAGUCUCUUCGCGCGCUGGGUGGAAGCGUGGUCUCGUGCCGGCACUUCGGCUUUGCCAUGACAUUCUUCAGCCUCGUGACUCUCGCGCUGUUACUGUGCAUGGCGCUCGAGCGCUGCCUCUCCAUCGCCAUGCCUUACUUUUACGAGAGACACCUAAGUGCGCGUUGUGGUUACCUGGCUUUGGCACUGGUCUACGUGUCGGGCGCGCUCUUCUGCCUCGCGCCAUUCUUCGGUUUCGGCGAAUACGUACAGUUCUGUCCCGGUACGUGGUGUUUUGUUGACAUGUUGUCUUCGAAGCGCGUGCAUUGCAUCUACAAGAACUUGUACGCAUCCUGUCUGCUCGUCAUGAUCGUGUGCACCGUGCUGUGCAACGCCUGCGUCAUCUACCACCUCGUGCUCAUGUACCGGAGGGUCGAGCUGCACCGGGGCUCCGCGCGCAGGUUCAGAGCAUCCACACGGACACAUUCGCUAGCGGAGGAGCUCGAGCAUCUGGUCCUACUCGCCUUUAUGACCAUCACAUUCCUCAUCUGCUCACUUCCGCUCGUGAUCCGUUUGUAUAUCAGCUCAUUCAGUACAAACCACACUAUGGACCUAACGGCUCUCCUGCUGCUUUCCAUGAACCCCAUCCUUGACCCCUGGGUGUUUAUUCUGCUCAGCCCCCCUGUGCCCCAUCUUCUCUGGGGGGCAGUGUGUACUGUGCUGAGGCCUUGUCCCCUGGACAACAAGGUCCCGCUCUCAGCUGGUCCUCACACACAGACCACUAUGGAGCUACAGACAUGAGGCAGAUGAGAAACUUCAGGAUAGAUCUGCAGAUUAAACAGGUCUCUGUGUGUGUGUGUGUGUAAGUGGACUAAACAUUGACAAAGCAGGAGGGUUACUUACAAGAGGUUUACUCACUUCCAUGGCAGUCGUGACUCUUGUCUCAGCCUGCAGUGUGACGGAACAGAACAUUUAAAAUGGACUGAAAACAGAAAUACAGUAAAGCACUUAGUUUGCAUUAUUAUUAUUUAUUGACAUAGUCUUUGGGGUAAUGGUGUGUUCUCUGUAAUGCUGGAUGUGUGUGUGUGUAUUUUCAUGUGUGUUUGUUUAUAAACAGCAUUAAAUUAUGCUUAAAAUUAAAUUAUAAAUACCCACAAAACUCCAUAAAAGCUAACAGGUGCCUCCUAAUGGUGACAUGUAGCAGAUAUUCCAGUAAUGAAGCUCCACCACUGCAGCGUGUCAGCUACCAUAGACACACACUAACACUUCCUACUUUUAUAGUGUGCAAUUAGUUUUGGUCUUGUUGUGAGACUGUAUUUCAGGGCAAUAAUAUGUAAUUAAAUGUUUUACAGAAUGUUAAUAAAACUAAAUCAUUGUGUAACUGAAAUAAGGUGAUAUAAAUGUGAUGUGUCUGUAUAAUAAAACAAUAAUUCAUCAUAUUUAUAUAUCUGAAGUAAAUGGAGUUUCAUCACAUAAAACACUGGACCUGUAAAACACUGUGUCUUGUGAGGCUUCAUAAAUCAUUCUAUAUCAUCAACUUCAUCAAUAAUACCUUCGAUCUUUAUAGUAAACUGGCCACUAAAGUGUUUCUGAGCUGAUGUCAAGCUGAGAGUUUAGAGGAGCUGAAGCUCAUCAUCACCGUGUGUUCUGUUCAUACGUCGUUCUGUGUGUGUGUUCACUCAAACACCUUCAUCAGCACAAACAAUCACACAAUCUGUACUCAUAUCCAUCAUCUCACAUCACAGUAAGUGUUUUAAAUAUUUUAUUCAUUCUUCUCUCAUGUCAGUGAUGUCACAGCUUCAGGAAAUAUGAUAUAAAAUAUUAAAAAUGUUUAAAAUGUGUAAGUC